AGCUGCCCCGUUAACUCAAGGUCUUCUGAGGCUCGGGCUUUUGGACCGUGCCAAGUUCAUAUGCAAAUCAAAGAGACAAGGAAGUUGGUGGAGAAAACUCCCUACGCGAGUCUAAUUUCAGUUUCCUCAUUUUCGCGUGGUGAAUGGGUCUUUGCUGCAGCGAAUUUGCGGAGUUUUAAAUCGGCUUUAUGAAUAAGCGAUUGGUGCACUCGAACUGCCUGUUUUUAAGAUAGAUGCACUAAACGCCGAAUCGCUUGUAAUUGACGGAUACUAUGGGUUGUCGGAAAUCCAAGCCACGUGACAGAUCGAAUGGCGAUGCGCUCGAUUUGAAGAGACAACCGCCUGUACGUACCAACCAAAUCUAUGUGCGAGAUCCCACCUCUGGUAGCCCGCACGCGAUAGUCCCAGCUCAGGAUGGACAGCUCCUACCUGGUCAGGUCUUCCAAAAUAUGGAAGAGCAAAAUGAAUCUGGCAAAAUCGUGAUUGCCCUGUACCCCUAUGAAGCCAUACAUCCCGAUGAUCUGGGAUUUAAGAAAGGAGAGAAGCUUAGGGUUCUUGAAGAGAAGGGGGAAUGGUGGAGAGCCAAGUCCCUAACCAGUAGGAAAGAAGGUUUUAUCCCUUCAAACUAUGUGGCAGAAGCCAACACGAUGGAGACUGAGGAGUGGUUUUUCAAAGAUAUCACGAGGAAAGAUGCAGAGAGACAGCUCUUGGCACCAGCAAAUAAAGCGGGAUCUUACCUCCUCCGAGAGAGUGAGACUUCAAAAGGGAGUUACUCUCUAUCAAUAAGAGAUGUGGACCUUCAGGGUGCAGACAGUGUCAAGCACUACAAGAUCCGGACCCUGGAUAGUGGCGGCUACUAUAUCUCUCCCAAAAUCACCUUCCCGGAUAUUGGGAGCAUGAUAAGUCAUUACCAUAAGCAGGCUGAUGGCCUCUGCAGGAAGCUGGAGAAGCCAUGCGUUAAACCCAAGGCCCAAAAGCCCUGGGACAAAGACGCCUGGGAGAUCUCCAAGGAGUCCAUCAAGAUGGUGAAGAAGCUGGGAGCCGGCCAGUUCGGGGAGGUCUGGAUGGCGUACUACAACAACAGCACCAAGGUGGCGGUGAAGACGCUGAAGCCGGGCACCAUGUCGCCCGAAGCCUUCCUGGAGGAGGCCAACCUGAUGAAGACGCUUCAGCACGACCGACUGGUGCGGCUCUACGCCGUGGUCACCAAGAUCGAGCCGAUCUUCAUCAUCACUGAGUUCAUGGCCCACGGAAGCCUGUUGGACUUCCUGAAAAGUGAAGUGGGGGCAAAAGUACUGUUGCCCAAACUUAUCGAUUUUUCAGCUCAGAUCGCUGAGGGCAUGGCCUACAUCGAGAAGAAGAAUUACAUCCACCGUGACCUGCGGGCAGCCAACGUCCUGGUGUCAGAGAGCCUGCUUUGCAAGAUCGCCGACUUUGGCCUGGCGAGGAUAAUUGAGGAUGACCAGUACACGGCCAGAGAGGGGGCCAAAUUUCCCAUCAAGUGGACGGCGCCUGAAGCUAUUAACUACGGGUCGUUCACCAUCAAAUCUGACAUGUGGUCCUUCGGUGUCCUGCUGUAUGAAAUCAUCACCUAUGGGAAAAUGCCUUAUCCCGGAAUGAGUAAUGCUGAGGUCAUGACCUCAGUUCAGCGAGGUUACCGGAUGCCCAAACCUGAAAACUGCCCCAACGAGCUGUACGAAAUUAUGAACACUUGCUGGAAGAACAAACCAGAGGACCGGCCCACGUUCGACUACAUCCAGAGCGUGCUAGACGACUUCUACACUGCCACAGAGGGACAGUACCAGCAGCAGCCAUAGGGGGGCGACCACUCCUGCAAUGGCAUACCAGAAGUAGUGUCGGGGAGUGAUUGAACGGGGAGCAGAGCAAGCCUAGGAGUCAAGCCAUUUGCUUAUUUUAAAGCAAACAUGUUGGUGGAAUUUAAAAAAAAAAUUGUUUCUUCAAAUUGAAGUUAAAAUAAUAAUGUGAGACUUCUUUAAAUUGCUUUGGUGUUCCUCUGAAAACACGCCCGUCCACAUGGGCCUUUUCUGCUCCAGCAAUUUGCUCCAGACUGACUGACCGACCCCUUGCCAUGGGACCUGUCCUCAAAUAGCCCCUAAUGUGGACCAGGCACACUUGCAUUAAAGAACACGGCCGUCCCCUUGUAAAUUCGCUCCAUGGCUUGAAAGAACAGCCGAUUUUAACCGUCCGUUCCAAAUUAAAAUGGCUCGCAGGUCAUUCGUUAGAACCUUGGGCCUCAUAAACGGCAUCUGUUCGUGGAAAUGGGUUGUUUGCGGUGCAAAUGUGAAGCACAGACGCAUGGUUAUAGAUGAACAAAGCGAAAAGGGCGUUUUUUUUUCCCCUCAGCCUUUGGUGUUUGUGCUUGAGUGGGAAUCGCCUCAUGGUCGCCAUAAUGGUUCCUCUACAUGAAACGGUUGCGAAGGUUGACUGUCUGUGUUACGCAGUUGCUUCAUGUUACAAUCACCGUGAUGUAGGGAAACAAAGUGCCCCCAGUGUCUGGCCGGUGAUGCGUGCAGGAAAAAAUAUCAUCCACCCCUGCACUGAACCAAUAGGAAUCCAGGAAGUAUCACAAGUAUGUCCUUCCCUGUUGUACAAUAAUACAUUCUAUUUGCAUUAACAUUAAUCUUGCUGGAAAUGUGUGUUUUAAACUGAACAUGGCAAUUCUCCUAUAAGUACUGACCUGUCUAACAGUGAUGUGGAUUUUGUAUGUUCAUCCUGGGGAUCCAAACUAGUAGACCAGCUAUUGUGUGUUUUCAGGUUGGGUUUAACAUGCAAUGUCUGGUUGCCUUUUGGUUUUCAUUUAAAUAUUUUUUAGGCUUUAAAAAAAAUCACUUUGGUGUGGCUAUAUUUCAGAGAUGUGAAAUGACAGGAACAUAAUCAUUUUUGUAAAAAGCUGUGAUUUCUAAUGCGAAUCUGAUCCUUGCUCAUAGGAGUUAAGAAAGACAGCAUCUGUGUGACCUUGGGAAUGUUCUUUUAAUCACAUUUAUAUGUAUAUUUAAUAUCUAAUAUCUGACUGAUUUAGACUUUUGGCAAUUCAUUUGAAAAUAAAAGUAAUUAAAAACC